ACUCCCUUCCAAAACUUUAAAGAGAGACACCCAAAUGGCUUCCAAAGCUACACACUCCCUUGCCUUCCUCCUCUCUCUCAAUCUUCUCUUCUUUUCCCUUGUCUCAGCCUGCAGCGACUGCUAUGUCCCUUCCCCUCCCAUGCCCAACCCAUGCCCUCCUACAGAGCCAAACCCUCCAUCUGCCCAUGGAAAGUGCCCUAGGGACACUCUUAAACUCGGCGUCUGCGCCAAGCUGCUCGGCGGCCUCCUUGACGUUACCAUCAGCAAGCCCCCUGUGACGCCGUGCUGCAGCCUCAUCGAAGGCCUUGUGGAUCUUGAAGCUGCUGUCUGCCUUUGCACUGCCAUCAAAGCCAAUGUGUUGGGCAACAACCUUAACAUCCCUGUCUCCCUCACCUUGCUCCUUAAUGUCUGCAAGAAGAAGGUUCCCGAGGGAUUCCAGUGCUGAUUAUAAUCAGUGACUUUCCUUAUUCUUGAAUUCUUAAAUGUGUUUUGAUGUAUGUGGUUUGGGGUUCUCUCUGUUUUAGAAUUUAUUACGAAUUAAUAUCAGUUGUUCUAUUUUCUUCAUGAGGUCUAUUCCUCUUGGAGUUUGAAGGAAUCAAUAAAUUAAACUUUGAUUAUUGGUGA